AUGGCUUCCUUACAAAGUUCGUCUUUGCUUUCUAAUUCCCUUUGUUCACCAUCUCCUUCACAAAGAAUAAAAUCCUCUAUCCACAUCCCAAAACUCCCUAGAUCUCCUUCCCAAGCUCCAAAGCCAAAACCAAGUAGAAAACUUUUUGAGGAAUUGAAAGGCUUCACACACACAAUCCCAACGUUCCAAAACAAUUCAUGUAACAACCCAACAACGUCAAAAACUACCAUUCAACUCUAUGCAAUACUAGAAGCCGUAGCCGACAGAGUAGAGAUGCAUCACAACAUCGGCGAGCAACGUGACAACUGGAACACCCUUCUUUUAAACUCCAUCAACAUGAUUACUCUCACUGCAUCAGCCAUGGCCGGUGUUGCAGCCACGUGUGGCACUGGCGCGCCACUUUUAGCUCUGAAAUUAUCAUCCACACUCUUGUUCUCUGCCUCCACGGGGAUGUUGAUGAUCAUGAACAAAAUCCAGCCCUCCCAACUCGCUGAGGAACAAAGAAAUGCUACGAGGUUGUUCAAACAACUCCAGUCCCACAUCGAAACAACAAUAGCCAUCGGUAACCCAACCGAGGAUGAUGUCAAGGAUGCAAUGGAGAAGGUUUUGGCGCUUGACAAAGCAUACCCACUUCCUUUGUUAGGAGCCAUGCUUGAAAAAUUCCCUUCAAAAUUUGAACCUGCGGUUUGGUGGCCCAAUUCAACAUCAUCAUCAUCUUCAAAAAGAAGCAAAUUUCAAGAUCGUGAAACAAAAGAACGCGUGAAGAAUACUAGUAAUAAUGGAUGGAAUGAAGGACUAGAAAUGGAACUAAGGGAUAUCUUAGAAGUGGUUAAGAGAAAAGACGUGAAGGACUAUGAGAGAUUAGGGAACAUGGUGUUGAAGAUCAACAAGAGUUUGGCCAUUGCAGGGCCUUUACUCACUGGCAUUGCGGCUGUGGGAUCUGCAUUUGUGAGUGAAGGGUCAUGGGCAUCUAUAAUAGCGGUUAUGGCAGGAGCAUUAGCCACUGGUGUUAAUGCUUUAGAGCAUGGUGGGCAAGUGGGGAUGGUGUCUGAAAUGUACAGAAGCUGUGGUGGAUUCUUUCAAUUGGUUGAGAAUUCGAUCCAAGAAACAAUCGAGGAAGAUGAGGAGCAAAGAGAAAAUGGGGAAUUGUUUGAAAUGAAGUUGGCUUUGAAAUUGGGAAGAAGCUUGUCACAACUUAGAGAUCUUGCAAGAAAAUCUGCUUAUUCUCGUGUAGAGGGAACUCCCAUUGAUGAAUUCGCUAGCAAGCUCUUUUAA